AUUCAUUUCGAUGCAAUCACUUGUGAGUCGUGUAAAGCCUUUUUCCGCAGAAAUGCACUCAACAAUCAAGAUAAAUAUAUUUGUAAAUUUGCGGGCAAUUGUGAAAUAGAUGUCGGGAACAGAAUAUGUUGUAAGAAAUGUCGUUUGGAUAAGUGUUUUGCGGUCGGAAUGAAAAGUAGUUUGAUUAUCACUAAACCAAAUGAUGGCAACAAUUCACAUAUUAAUGCAUACAAUAAAAAUGCCCAACACCUGAAUGAUGAUAAAAUACUAAUCAAUUCAAGUGUCCUGAAUGUCAACAAUCAUAAGACACUUAAUAAAAAGAGACUAAAAUUAGCAAAUAAUUCACAACUCAACCAAUUAAAUGAUAACAAUUGUGUGUCAAAUAAUACACUGCAAAAUAUAAUGGUGCCAAUUAUGAAACCAAUCAGUGAUUACAGCAAUACUUUUAAUGAAUUAGAGGGCAAUAGAUUGGGUGAGUUGUUGGACGCGUUAAAACUGAUGGUCUAUCCGGUGGUUAAUACCGGGGAUCAGCUAAUUGUCCACCAUUUUAGCGAAGCCUACGAUGUAUUGUAUGAGUUCAAGGAAAUUGAGAUCCAAAACAUUAUCAAAAUGUCUAAAUGUUUGCACAAAUUUAAAACUCUUAUCGACCAUGAUCAAUUAAUUUUAAUUAAAUAUUCGGCCAUUGAGAUCGAUACUUUGCGAUUGCUAUUAAAUUUUAACUAUGGUGAUAUGGCGUGGAAUAAAAAAGGUCGCUUUAAUGUAAGACUGGAUUCGUUCAAAGCCAAUGAAAAUAUGGAUGAGUACAACCUUCACAUAGAUUUCCUAACAAACUUUGAAUGGGAUUCAGAUAUUUUGGUCAUUCAUUUGACAACAGGAACAACAAAUUAUUGGGCAAUGGAUAGGGAGGCCAUAGGAGGGACGAUGCUAUCGCCGGAGUAUACAUCGGGUAACACAAUAUUUAGCUCACAGACUGGUUGUCGGACGGCAUCCGAAGAGUUGCCACCAUUUGGUUGCCUCAUAAGUGCCAAUCGGGCGGACAGAUCGCGUGUCGGGUCUUUUGCUCGAACCUUAAACGUCAACAAACUCUCACGCCAACUCUGGGCCAGACUUGUAGUCGCCGUCGGCGGUCACCACUGGCGACAAGUUUCCGGCAAACUCUACGUACAGGGCUUUGCCGUCGACGACCUCCACGGUCUCGCAUUUGGCCACUCGGCGGAAGUGUCGGCGCUCUUCAAACACCAUCUCUUCGUCGUCGGCGUCAUCACCGGUGGUGCAGACGAGACGGAUCUCGCCGUCCGACCGGUCCAGUCGUCGGCCGUACGCGACAACAGUGGCCCCGAAGGGCACGCGAAUCGCCUCCCGUCGACGAGCCAAAACCGGGCCGACACUGUUGUGGUGAACGAUAGACAAUCGCCCUCCAGAGUGAAUGCCGUGGAACCGGUCACGUCCUCCCAUUGGGCGCCGGCUGUGCCGCCGCUUAUACUACACAACAGGCGUAUAGUGUCUGUCGUGAGCUUUUUCUUCGCCUUCUUCUUGUACUUGCCUUCAGUGGCCAUCACU